AUGCUGAGAAUAAUAAGAAAUUUCUGCACGAUGAAGCCACCUGUCAAUCCCGCUCUCCUGCACGAUGUGGACGUCGCAACCAAGAAAGCGACCUUCGGUAUGGGCUGCUUCUGGUCAAAUGACUCUCUGUUCGGAGCCAAAUCAGGUGUCAUAAGAACACGCGUCGGUUAUUCUGGUGGCACUUCUAAAAAUCCUACAUAUAGGAGUAUUGGUGACCACACAGAGGUGAUCGAGCUGGACUAUGACCCGAAGACUAUUAAGUUUGAAGAUCUCUUAGAAAUGUUUUGGGAAAACCAUGAGUAUGGACUUACAACUAAACUAAAAAGACAGUACCAGUCAAUGAUUCUAUAUCACGACGAGGAGCAGAAAGCUGCUGCAGAGGCAUCGUACACAGUAAUGAAGGAGCGCUGCAAGGAGCCGUUGAGGACUGAAAUAGCACCAGCCGGUGUCUUCUAUCCUGCUGAAGACUAUCACCAGAAAUAUAGAUUGCAAGGCCAUAAAGAUCUUUGCAUCAGUCUCGGAUUGGAUUCUUCUAAACUGCAGACCUCGCAUUUGGCUGCGAGACUGAACGGCUACCUAGUCGGCGUCGGUGGAAGAUCACAAUUUGAGCAAGAAGUGCAAAGCUUGGGCCUGAGCGAGAAGCAAGCCGAGUAUGUGCGGCGCGAGCUUGAGCGCAAUGAGGGGGGCGGCCUAGCCUGCUAG